AUGGAAGAGGAAAUAAACGACACCCAGACUCAGACCCAAACCCAAAAUUCCCAAGUUGAAUGGAGUCAGACGAAUACGCCGUCUACAAUACCAAAUAUUUGGGGCAGGCUCUAUCCUCUUUCGUGUUGGAGAACCGAUGGCGUUAAGAAGCUCGAUGCAUAUUACGAUCUCAUAGAACCCCAAUUCUCAGUUGGACGAAGUGUUGACAAUACUUUUAUAGUACGUAAAGACACCAUCAAGGAAUUGAUAAUAAAAAAUAUCAGCAAGAGACACUUUAUUAUAAAGAGAGACAUGGCUGAGCCAUUAAAUCCAGCAAUUUUGACGGACCUAUCAUACAAUGGGACUUAUGUUAACGGUGUUAUUAUAGGCAGAGGAAAAAGUAGAGUACUAGACAAUGAUGAUGUGAUAUCUGUUACUUUGCCUUUUAUCAAAAUGUUCACAUUCAAAGAUCUGCUUAAAAAUGAACAAGAAAAAGUACCUAAGGAAAUUGCACAGAAGUAUUACAUUUCUAGGGUAUUGGGACAAGGUGCUUGCGGAACAGUCAAAUUAGUUUACAAUAAAGUAACAUGCAUGAAAUAUGCAAUGAAAAUAAUAAAGAAGGGUAGAUUGACAAAUGGACAGAUUAAUAACUUAACUGACCCUAUUAAAGUAAUGAACGAGGUUAACAUCUUAAAAGCUUUAAGACAUCCCUGUAUAACAACAGUAGAAGAAGUGUUUGAUUCACGAGAAUCAGUGUACAUAGUCCUUGAAUUCAUGUAUGGUGGAGAGCUUUUUGACCGCAUCACAAAGAAUGGACGGCUCACUGAGCGAAUGACCAAGUUAUAUUUUAAACAGAUAGUGCUAGCUGUCAAAUACCUACACUCUCAAGGCAUCACUCACAGAGACCUUAAACCUGAGAAUGUGCUACUUGAGAGUAAGGAAGAAGUGACACUUGUAAAAAUAACAGACUUUGGACUAAGCAAAUAUGUCGGCGAAGACAGCUUUAUGAAGACAUUGUGUGGUACUCCAAUAUACCUAGCUCCUGAGGUCUUAAGAGCCAAUGGAGUUGGUUAUUAUGGACCUGAAGUGGAUGUUUGGUGCUUGGGUGUUAUAUUCUUCAUCUGUCUCGUGGGCUACCUCCCCUUCUCUCCUGAUUACAAAGAUCUCUCUCUUACCGAGCAGAUCCUAAGUGGGAGAUACCGGUACUCUUCAUCGAAUUGGCGUGACGUCAGCUUGCAGGCCAAGCUUCUCAUGAAGCGAAUGUUAACAGUUAAUGUUCACAAGCGAAUCACACUUGACCAAAUUCUAAAACAUCCUUGGAUGCAGGACAGUGAAGUGAACUUACAGCUUGACAUGCUGCUAUCGAAGUGUCAAGUGAAGAGCGGUUACGAGGAGAACAAUAAUAUUCCACAAGUAUCAGUUGUGCGACUAGCUGCAGUCGGUAAACGGCCGCUUAGUGACACGUCGAACUCAGCUGAACCUAUAUCGAAACGGGCAAAGGUGGACGAGGACAAUGAAGAUACCAGUUCAGCCAACAGUUGCUAUUCUGACGAAUAA